CCCAACUUGAAGCUGCGAGAAAUGCCGUUCAUGCCGCUCGUCUGUGCAGUCACUGUCGCGCAUUCACUACUGCACUUUUCGUCACUGUUCUAUGGGCUAGAUUGACCUGAUUCGCAUCAUACGAGCCUGAUCUCAAAACCCCCGUCUUUUCCGUUCCUUGCUGUUCCGGCCACAAAAUAUCUCUCUGCCACCAUGCCUCCAAUGCCCGCUUCCGUGCAGCAGCGUGGUCCGACAUGGGUCGACAAAUUGAAAAUGGGCAUGCUAAUGGGCGGAACUGUGGGAGGAAUCAUGGGGUUCAUCUAUGGAACCGUGACGAUCUUCCAAUAUGGCGCCGGCCAGGCAGGAGUGAUGCGAACUCUGGGGAAGUACAUGGUGGGAUCUGGGGCCACGUUCAGCGUGUUCAUGGGCAUUGGCAGCCUUAUCCGCACCGAUUCACCUCAGAUGGCCUCUUCAGUAUGGGCACGAUCACAUUAUCCUCCCCUCGUUCACCCCCGGCGCGACCGCCUCCCGCUUCAGCGAUGAGCCCGUCCGAGUCUCGCUGUCCUACCUCAGCCACGAAGGAGUCUUACGGCUUCAUGUACAACCAACAACUUGGAGACUGGAAAAGUUGAGUGCAACAUGAGCGAUACCCAUGAAUAGUAAUACUGCGUGCACAAAAGACUGCCAAUGAAAUGAAUUCUGAGCAGAUGUAGGGCAAGGCUCCGUUGUUUGUACAGUGAGGCCAUGAUAACGUAGGUCCCAGUUCCUCGUUCUUGUGAACGGCCAUCUCUUGCAUAAAGCAAGUCUAGGCCUUGAAUGAUCCCAUCCAAAGACAUGCCAACCUGGCUCGCGCCGUUGUCUCUCUUGUCUAUAGUCGGGUUUGACUGCUGCGCACAACAAGAAACAGAGUGUUUCAAAGGUCCUUUGCGUUUCUGAACCAGGAGUCUCAACGGGUCCAAGUGGAUGCCCCUUAAAACAAGUCAAGGCCACAGCAUCUCAUCGCUGUUGGAUAUUAGGCGGGGCACUGAAGAUACAUGUCCGUGACCCCUCGCAUAAACAUUGAGUGCAAAAUCCGCUCAGUUGGAAAAAAAGAGAAUAAACCCUCUGUCAUGCUUCAGCCCGAUAUUAAUACCCAAAGUAGGAAGAAUAUCUAGAACGGUUAGCGAUGAGUUUAAUGGCUUCGUGGCGCCAUUUAAACUUACCAUGAGCACGCCAAACAUUUUUGCCACAAGCCAUCGGUUCCCUUGUACACGAUUCCAAUACUUCAAUAACUCCCGUUGUGCGCCCUGGACAUUGUCGACGACAUCUUCGGUGUUGGCAUCGAUGCGUUGCAGCAUCUCUCCUUGUUCCGAUACCAUGCUUGCAAGCUGACCAAAAAUACCCCCGAGUUCGUUUAUCGUCCGCUCAAUGGCCUCAAUGGCCUGACCUCUCUCUUGGAUAUAUGUGUUUGUCGGCUGCGCCUCUUCCAUCAAUAAUAAUUGAUGAUCUGAUACCCCACCACCUUUCAUCAAGGUAGACGAACUUGACGGCUCCAACGUCAAUAGAUCGUUCGCGGACGCCUGCGGAGUUCUUUGACGGCUGG